GUCGACUCCACAUUUCGUUCAAGCACCCUGAUCGUGCGAAGGCCAGGUGUGCCGUAUCAACACUACUAUCGGCCAAGUUAACGUACGGCGCGCGUCUCCCUCUCCAAGCAUCCGCGUCGGGGAGGCUGGGGAGGGACGAUAGGCUCCGUCGUGCAUUAACUUCGCCGUCAUGUGAUCGCCCAGAUGGCGAAGUCGAUCGCCACCAAAACGACCUGUUGCAUAUCCCCACAGGAACACUACUCUUCGGCGCCAGAAACAAAAGGGCUGUGAAUUGUCAGGGCGAAAAUGACCUACCUGAGAAAAGUGCCUACUACCGCAAUGCUAAAGCAUUUUGGCCCUCGGUUGCUUGGGGUGAGAUACCAGUCGUCAAAAAUAGCAAGUGCCGUGCCUUACGAAACUCUUAAAAACAAGAAGGUUGACUCUCCUGCCGUGGUGCCUUCUUCAGCGGAUGUCGUCAUUGUUGGUGGUGGUAUCAUUGGCUGCAGCACACUUUAUCAUCUCACCAAGAUGGGCUGCAGCAAUGUUGUACUACUUGAGAAGGACCAUUUAACUGCUGGAACAACAUGGCACACAGCAGGGCUCAUAUGGAGGCUGCGACCAAAUGACACCGACAUCCAAAUUUUAAAUCACACCCGACAUCUCCUCAUGAAUGUUUUAGAAGCAGAGACUGGUGUUCAUCCUGGAUUUAUCAACAAUGGUGGCCUUUUUAUUGCUAAUUCGAAAGAGCGCCUCGACGAGUACAAGCGGCUAAUGACGAUAGGCAAGGCCUUUGGUAUAGAAUCAUAUGUCCUGAGUCCAGAAGACACUAAGAAGUUGUACCCAUUAAUGAAUGUCGAUGACCUGUAUGGAACUUUGUACAGCCCUGGCGAUGGUACUGUGGACCCUGCUGGGUUCUGCACAGCUCUUACAAGGGCGGCCACUGCUACCGGAGCAAAGGUAAUUGAGAAGUGCCCUGUGGUGGGAGUGGAAACGAGUGUGGAUGACUUUGGUACAAGGCGUGUGUCCGGCAUCCAGACAGGAGCUGGAACAAUCAAAACUAAAGCGCUUGUCAACUGCACAGGAGCCUGGGCACCAACUGUUGGUGCCAUGGUGGGCGUGCCAGUACCCCUGGUUGCCAUGAAGCAUGCCUAUGUGGUCACGAACCGUAUUGAGGGCAUUCAGAACAUGCCCAACGUUCGGGAUCAUGACCUUUCCCUUUACCUUCGCCUGCAGGGCGAUGCCCUCUCAGUUGGAGGCUAUGAGCCCAAUCCAUUCUUUAUCGAUCAGUUGCCCCUAGACUUUGCCUUUGGACUCUAUGACCUCGACUGGGAUGUAUUUGGGACUCACAUAGAAAGUGGUAUACACAGAGUUCCAGUGCUAGAGCAUACAGGCAUCAAAUCAACUGUUUGUGGACCUGAGUCCUUUACGGCAGACCACAAGCCUCUCCUUGGUGAAGAGCCAUCUCUUCGAGGCUUUUUCCAUGGUUGUGGAUUUAACAGCCUCGGCAUGAACGGUGGUGGUGGAUGUGGCCGGGAGCUAGCUGCAUGGGUGUUGCAGGGAAGGCCCAACCUGGACAUGUAUGGUUAUGACAUUCGGCGCUUUUCCCCUUCGCUCACCAAAAACAACAAGUGGAUUCGAGAACGAAGUCAUGAGUCAUAUGUCAAGAACUAUUCCAUUGUCUAUCCGAAUGAUGAACCUCUUGCCUCAAGAAACAUGCGGAAAGAUCCCUUGCAUGAGGUUUUUUCCCAGGCAGGCUGUGUGUUCCAAGAGCGACUGGGUUGGGAACGACCUGGUUGGUUUGCUAAAGACAGCCCUGCACCUGUUCUUGCUUACGAUUAUUAUGGCAGCUAUGGGAAUGAGAAACACAAGAAUUACGCCUAUGAGGACAUGUUGAAAUUUGAUUACACUUUUGACUUUCCAGGCCAUCAUAAGAUUAUCAAGCAGGAAUGUUUGAGCUGCCGAAAGAAUGCGGCCAUCUUCAACAUGUCAUACUUUGGAAAAUUUUACAUUACCGGACCUGAUGCUCAGGCUGCGACAGACUUCAUCUUCAGCAACAACAUGCACAAGCCAGCAGGUUCCACGACAUACACUUGCAUGCUAAAUUCCAGAGGCAUGGCAGAAGCUGACCUGACAGUUAGUGUCAUCGCUCCAGGAGAAGGUUCCUCGUGUGACCCCAAUUUUAAUGGUGAUGGAUUUUAUGUGGCAGCUGCUGGAGCGAGUGCUAACCACUGCCUUGCUCACAUUCGCUCUGUUGUACAAGAUCACAAGUUCAACGUUUCUGUUGCGGAUGAGUCUGAAAUGAUGGGGAUGCUCAGCAUACAAGGUCCAAAAAGCCGUGAAAUCUUGCAACCACUCACUGACACAGAUCUAUCAAAUGCUUCUUUUCCCUUCUCCACGAACAAAGUAAUCAAUUUUGCUGGGCACAAGGUCCGAGCCAUACGUUUGACAUUUGUGGGUGAAAUGGGUUGGGAGCUGCAUAUUCCAUCAGCAUCAUGUGUUCCUGUUUAUACAGCCAUUGUCGAAGCAGGCAAGGCUUUUGGUCUGGUGAAUGCUGGCUACCGAGCCAUCGACUCGCUAAGCAUGGAGAAAGGUAAGAGCUGCAACUUUGGCUCUCAUGGUUCCUGUUUAACUGUUAUGUGUAACUGUUAUCUGAUAGUAGCACUUGUAGGUGUUGUAAUAGAAAACACUUGCUAGCGUAAGAGGGGAAAAAAGAGUGAGAGGGAAAAUUGACAGUUUGAAACUCUCUGUGUGUUCUGCAAGAGGUGAGGUUGGGCAUCUCUCGGAAGCCUAUCAAUCUCACACCAUUGUCUGCAUCUUCACACUGAGGUGAGUGUUGAAGUCAGAAGUAGAGGCCUGAUGGGAAAUGAAGAGCAGCAUUGUGGUGAAACGACGACGACAUUGACUACAUGUGCGGUGCGUCAUGGAAAAAAGAGAGAGCACGAGGUGGCGGCGGUGAAGAAAAAAAAGAAGAGGUAGAAGGCACAAGCGCAGCAGAGACUGGUUGGACAUGGCGUUCGAAGAGCCAGGAUUCGAGAGUGCUGCCCGGGUGAACCGCUGGGCAGCCUCCUGACCGGGCGCGCUCCUGCGGAUGUCUGUGACCAGUGCGGCGACUACUUGCCCGCAACUGUUCCUGGCCAGUGCUGUUCCUGGUCGUUCUGAUCUCCUGCCGUUCCUGAACGUCCGAGCUGCUGCCACUGCUCACCCAGCGCCUCGGCAAGUCUUGCUCAGCGACAAAGCC